AUGACAUUUAGCAAGAUAGUGUUGAUAUCUGUCGGUGCCCUUGCCUGGGGCCAAGUCCUUAUCUCAUAUGUAUACGAGCCUCUCAGAGACAAUAGCGUCUUCACAGACAUUGCCCAAUUGACCAUCUUCCGAGCAAUACCAGCAAAGCUAGCACGACCAGCCGAAAGAGUGGAAAAUGAGCGGUAUCAAGUGAUCACUGGCGAUAAAGAAAUACGGUUGCUUAUCUUGGAGCCGGGGGCACGCGCGGAUCCAUUGGAAUGCGAGCUGGUCAACGCUGAGCUAUCCUGGAGGACCAGAUUCGAGGCUCUGUCAUACGCCUGGGGAGACGAUAUCACCGAACACGAGCUCAAAUGUUCUGGACAUAUUAUCGGUGUCAUGGCUAACCUUCAUGACGCCCUGUUGGACUUGCGGCUUCCAACACAAAGGCGCGUUCUGUGGAUUGAUGCCCUUUGUAUCAACCAGGCCGAUAACGACGAAAAGUCCAAACAGAUCAGACUUAUGCAUGAGAUCUACUCCCAGGCCUAUGAAGUUCUCAUCUAUCUCGGAAAAUCAGAUGCCUCAGUGCAUGGUGCGAUUGAAUCAAUGCGUUGGCUCGACUGGAAGCUUAUGCCUCUCUACGCGCGGCAAUUCCUACUCAGUUCAAACAUUGGCAUGGCAAGCUUUUUUGUGGAGAGGUGGAUGAAUAUGAAGCCCAUCAACCAUGAAGACUUUAGUUGGGAUCCAAUCAUCAAUUUGUUAUGCCGUCCAUGGUUUCAACGAACGUGGGUUAUCCAAGAGGCUGUCAUACCGAAGCAUGCAAAGGUCAUUUGUGGCGAUCAGUCCAUCGCAUGGGCAAAGGUUCUCCGAAUCGUGGACGCAAUCAGGCACUAUCAAUCUUCAGUGAAGAGAGUACCUGGGUACCAUUUGACCUACGAGACAAUCUCCAGUGUAGACUUGAUGCGAUCGGCUCGAGACAAUCGACAUCCCAGGAUUUAUUUACUUGGUCAGUGGUGGUACCGCCCUCUUAUAACUCGGCGUCCAAUGGAAGGACAGGAAGAUUCUAAGCUGCUUGACCUCAUCUUGAUGAGUCGCAGAUACAAGUGCACACAUCCUCAUGAUAAGAUCUACGGCAUGCUCGGCGUUACGGCGGAGGACACAAGUAGUAAGCUCUUGGAACCGGAUUAUGAAAUUUCACAGUUCGAUGCUUACCGCAAUUUUGUACUCUGGGAAAUACGCCAUAACAAAAGCUUGCGUGUCCUUGGGACGAGCUCACAAAAGAGUAGUCGACAGUGCACGUCUCAAUCCUGGGUUCCAGACUUCAACAGACUUGAUUCUAUCACAGGACUAACCGGGUCCUCCUUUAGCCGUUCCUACUUUGAUGCAAGUGCCGGAUUGCCGAUGGAGAUACGAGAAUCAAAUGAUAGUACCACUCUGCAAAUCAAGGGGAGCAUAGUGGACACGAUUCAGACUGUUGGCAAGAAGUCGUUCACGGACAGAUACACCAGACUCAGUAAACGUCAAAGACGUGACGAGCAGCUCUCAAUCUAUGACCAGCUCCAAGUGAACAGAGAAAUGAUUGAAGAAGCAAGAGACAUUUGGCUAGAAGCUACAAAAGGGUUGGCACGAGGCCUUGGACCUAGCCCUGGAGAUCGUAUCUUCAAAACCGAGGUAAUCGAUGGUAGACCAUUACCUGACAGGUCCAUCUCUCCAGGAUGGGAGCCAUUUUUACGAGUUCUCUUCGGCGACGUUUCUGUUGGAAGCAAAUACUCCAUGUUCAUCAAGGAGAUCUCUGCCUCUUUUCUUCGCCUGACCCUUGCCGAAGACCAGUUGCCGAAGCAAUAUAUCAAGGGUGAAGAAGCUUUUGCAAUCAAAGCGCUUGGAUUCUUUGCAGCAAUAGCGCGGUCGAGACGUUUUGCACGAACAGACAUGGGACUGGUCGGCUACGUGCCCAUGAGGGCCAGACAGGGAGACCUGGUAGUGGUUCUGUAUGGAUCUAAAGUACCUUUCGUGGUGAGGGAGAAGGGGCAUGGCAGGUAUUCUUUGAUAGGGGAGUGUUAUAUGGAUGGGAUCAUGCGUGGUGAGGGAAUUAGGUUUGCAAAAUACGAGAAUAGAGAUAUAGAACUGACCUUAGUGUAG